GGAAGAUGGUGUUCAAUUGAAUCAUGUUCAUGUGAAGGAAUGUGUUUACUUGUUGAAGAGGAAGGAGCCAAAAAAAAGCAAAUUUGCGUGAAAAAAAUUGUGGAAGUUGGAAUUGAAUUAUUGGAGG